AUGACGGUUAGGACGGCGAGCGGUCGUUACAUCCUGCGAAGACAAUACGUCACGCAGCUGAUGAACAAAAUCCUCGCCGCCAUGACUGAACUCCAAGGCAAAACGGAGAAGCAGAAGAAAUGCGCGGAUUACGUGCUGGAGUGCUGCGCAAGAGCCAACAUGAUCAUCACCUUCGACAUCGACUGCGCAGAAGGACUCGACCACUGUAUCCUCUACGCGUUACUAACAGGAGGAGCUCAGUCAUCUCGCCUGGAUCAGCUGAGCCUCGCCCUGCUGUGGGACCGCCCCGACAUAGCCGAGCACCACAUCUUCCCAGCCGAGUCCAACUGGGCGUCGUGGGACCUGAAGGACCUCAUGACGACGGCGCUGCUGGAGGAGAAGGUGGAGUUCGUCAAGCUGUUCAUCAUGAACGGCUUGGUCAUGAGCGACUACCUGAACGUGACGACACUGCGGUACCUGUACAACGAGGCGUGCAAGACGGAGUCCCACACCCACUUGAGGCGACUCCUCCAGAGGUCUUCCCGGAGCAGCUACCACUACCUCGUCCACGUCCACAACAUCCUCCAGGCAAUGCUUAGGAAACACCACGAUCCGGUGUACCUCAGCGACACUCCACAGGCCGUUAUGGCGGACUCGAGCAUCAACUACCUCACUUUCGAUGACCCUUACCAAGAGCUCCUACUGUGGGCAAUCUUCAGCCGGAGAGGACAACUCGCUCGCUUCCUGUGGGAACGCUGUGAAACCCCGUUGUGCGCUGCUGUGGUGGCUUCGUGCGUGUAUCAGAGUCUGUGGAAGUCCCUAGGAGCCAAGAACACCGUCAUCCUCAAUGAGUACCAAAAGCAGAAGAACAUGUUUGAGACUCUGGCUGUGGAGCUCCAGGACGUGUGCUACCAGGAGGACCCGCCGAACGCCAUGGGGCUCGUGGAACGCAGGAACCCGAAGUGGGGUCAGAUGGACUGCCUCGAACUCGCGCACCUCGCCAACGACCUCAUGUUCAUCGCGACCCCGUGUUCCCAGGCCUCCGUCGAGCUCAACUGGCGGAGGGGCAUGACCAGGGCGCCGCCCCUCGCCGUCACCAUCUGCAAUUUUCUUCCGUUUCUCGUCUGGACGAAGUUGUUUGGCUUCCUAAAACUCGGCGACAACGGGGGAGAGCUGACAGCGUGGCAAAAACUCGUCGUGUUCUACAAGUCCCCGAUCUCCAAGUUCUUCGCUCACUCCACCUCCUUCGUCGUGUUCCUCCUCCUGUAUGCGUACGUGAUCCUGUUCGACUUCAAGUACGAGAUGUCCGUGGCUGAGAUACUGGUCAUCUGCUGGAUUUUCACGUUCAUCGUCGGUGAGUUGUCUGAGAUAACAACCGAACAAUCCACGUCAGUACGGGGUAAGAUCAGCGACUGGUUGAACAGCGUAUGGAACCGAUUCGAUCUCAUGGCUAUUGUCUUGGCACUGUUGGCACUGGCACUGAGACUCUACCGGGAAACCUUCAAGUGGGGUCGGAUCGCCUACUCCCUCAACACCACUCUCUUCUACUGUCGCCUCUUCAGGAUCUAUCACGUCAACUACCAUUUGGGCCCCAAGCUCGUUAUUUUCUACAGGAUGAUCUCCGAAGUCCUAGUGUUCAUGGCGCUGCUGGUGAUCUUCAUCCUCGGCUACGGCAUCGCGUCCCAGGGCCUCAUGCACCCAGGCCGGGAUGUCUCUUCACUCAACCUGACGGACGUGGGACAGAUUAUGAGGGAGGUUCUCCUCACGCCCUACUGGCAGAUGUACGGCGAACUCCUGCUGGACGAUAUCAAAGUUCGUAUAACACUAACUUUUCACACAAAUCUAACUGAUAAACCAAAUCGUGUAAAGGGUGGCGACGUAGAAACGUGCUAUCAACAGUCCUGCACAGUCCCAGAGUCCUGUGUGGCUGAAGGACGAGAUUGCAUUCAAGACUGUGUGUGUGAGAACGCCAAGGAGUACACGUGGGCUGUAAACCUCAUGUUGUUCAUCUAUCUCAUUAUUGGGAACAUUAUGUUGCUCAAUCUUCUCAUAGCUAUUUUCACGUACGUAUUCGACGAGGUCCAAGAAAACAGCAUGGAGAUCUGGAAGUUCGAAAUGUACCGCUUGAUCCGCGAGUACGACAGCAAACCGGCGUUGGUUCCUCCCUUCGUCGUGCUCGAAUACUUGUGGAGGAUUAUGAAAGCCAUUUGGAAAGUCACGUGUCGGAAGAAGAAGGAAAAUCUUGAGGAUUACAUGAAGUACACUCUAACGUCUCUCAAAAUCUUCGAAAAGGAAUGCAUUCAGACGUACCUAGCGAGAAUCACUGCCGCGGAGGAAGGCAAACUCGGCAACAGAGUGAAGAAGAUAAGCGAGAAAAUCGAUAAAGUGUCGAAGUACAUCGAGCAGAGGGAAGAAAUCGAGGAGAUCUUAUCGCAACCUAACCGCCUUGUCGUUCUCAGGGAAGACGACUUCGAGUGGAUGAAGGAGGACGAGGACCAGAGCUCGAGGGACGCCCCCGGCCUGGCCCCGCCCCCCGCGGACCGCACUCCGCAGCGCCGGCCGCCACAGACAUCGACGCCCUGGCAACUGCCUCCGCCUCCGCUGGCAAACGCAAAGCCGACGGCUAAAACCACUUCUAAGAAAAAAGCCGCAAAGCGCAGUCGAGAACGUCGAAAGUCCAAGGCGCCGCCGCCAGACAAGAUCAUGGAGGAGGAAGAGGAGGUGGAGGUGGAGGAGGAGCAAAGGAAAAUGACGAAGAGUGAGGAUGAAGACGACUCCGAGGAGGAAACUCUGGACGAGGCGGAGAUGAGUCUCAGAGGGCCGCUGGACAUCAAUCCCGACGAAGACGAGGAAGGGAUAUCAGCGAAGGAUAUUGAGAAGGAACUCGUACAGCUGAAGAAACAGCAGCAGGCAAGUGAGAGACCCGGCAAGGAAUCUCGCCCCCACACGAGCCACGGGAGACAUCCGGCCGGCGUGAGGGUUACGGAGCGACUGGACGAACUGCAGGCCACGCAAGCCAAAAUGUCUGAGAUCCUUCAGGAGAUCUUGAAGAAAAUCCGGAUUUCCGAGGCGAAGGACAGAAUUGACUCUAUGUUUAUACUAAGAGCUAGAUUCAAGGCAAAGGCGUAA